GCAUGCGCAGAAGUCCCCGUUUGACGAUCUCCCGCACGCUACGCGCCUGCGCACUGUCGGCAGGGAGCAGCAGCUGAGCGCCGCGCCUGCGCACUGAGCGCGUCGGCGGAUCGUCGGGCGGCGGCAGCCGUGAGAGCGUUGGAAGAUGUCCGGCUUCCUGGAGAGCCUGAGGUGCUCGGAGUGCGUGGACUGGGGGGAGAAGCGGAACACCAUCGCAUCCAUCGCCGCCGGAGUGCUGUUUUUUACAGGUUGGUGGAUAAUCAUAGAUGCAGCUGUAAAGUACCCUACCAUGGAAGACUUCAACCAUUCAUAUCAUGCCUGUGGGGUCAUAGCCACCAUUGCAUUCCUAAUGAUCAACGCAGUGUCUAACGGACAAGUGCGGGGUGACAGCUACAGCGAGGGCUGCCUGGGACAGACAGGUGCUCGGAUCUGGCUCUUCAUUGGCUUUAUGAUGGCUUUUGGCUCUCUGAUUGCUUCCAUGUGGAUUCUGUUUGGAGGAUACGUCGUUAAAGAGAAAACAGUCGUGUACCCAGGAAUUGCUGUUUUUUUCCAGAAUGCAUUCAUCUUUUUUGGAGGACUGGUCUUCAAAUUUGGCCGCACAGAGGACCUGUGGCAGUGAGCCCACGCUGAUGGAAGCGCAUUGGCCGUGUCACUUUUUUAACUCUGUAUUGUGGAAAUUUUCUAAAGCCAUUUUGUAUACGGUGCCCUUCAAUGGUGUCUAAAGGUAAAACGUGGAGAAGUGAAAUCACAGCACCACAAAUCCUGGUUGUAUUUUUUUUUUUUUAAAAGGAAAAAACCCUGAAAACAGUUAUAUUGAUUUCAAUGUUGUAAUGUUUCUGACCUGUAAAACUGCUACAAGUAGCAAUGGAAGUCACUUUUGUAUGAUGUUUGCUAUAAGAAAAUAGAAUAGUGGAAGAUUAAUGCAUUUAACCAUUUCACACUUUCUACGAUAUUUACAACCCAAGUCCUACUUGCUUUACAACCAAUUUUUAACAUAUAUUUAUUAAGUAUUUCCUAUAUCUGGACAAUAUAAACAGUUCUUCACUUUCAAA